GCUCACACUAAAUUAUUCUCUUCCUUCCAUUCUCUUCACUUUCUUGCUCCGCUCUGCAUAUAAUCCGUACACAUCUUUCAAAAAAGAAACCCACUCAGAAACUUUUCCCACAACUAAAAAUUCAAAAAAAAAGAUAACUAUUUUCCACUGAGCGAUCUUGCAGAAACAAAAAAGUGAAAAAGAAUCACAAAACGACGAAUCAAGAAGCGCGUUGAAUGCUAUUGGCAGUAGAAAAAGUGGCAGUGAUCUCAUUGUUUUUAUCUUCAUUUUAACAAACCCUGACAUUUCCAGAUUCAUUCAAAAAUUUCUGUGAUCUGGGUUCUGAUUAUAAAUCUCAUACGAUCACUGGGUUUUAAUUUGUUUCUGUUAGUUCAAGAUUCAAGAAUUAACAACAAUUUGGUUGUUCUUGGAGAAGACAGAGUUACAAUAAUAGCUCAGCUGUACUGUGUGUCUUUUUCUUGAUUUGAACUGCUCAUAAUGUCGCUAACAAUCAAGCCGCACCACCACCGUCACCGGAGCAAAUCAAGCAAAAACCCACCAACAAAUCACAGAGACUGGACGCAGAUCUACACAAUCUACGGCAUGGACCAAUGGCAAACACUAAUUUUCCUCUUAUGCCACGCCAUUUUCUUCACUAUCUUAUCAAUCCUAUUCCUAUACUACUUCGACCCGUUUUGCAAACUUAUCGAAUCCAUUCUAAUUCACUUCACAACCACCUCCUCCACCACCAGCACUGCCGGAGUGGCCCGUUUUGUCGCCGGGUUUACUGGGUGUGUGACCGCUUUGUCGGCGGUUUGUUUGUUUCUGGCGGCGGGUAACUUUUUUUAUAGCUCGGUUGCUCUGUAUGAUGACAUGGCGCAGAGAAUGGUGAGCUAUGUGAAUGACUGGUCGAAUGUGAAGUUGGCUCUUGAUAUUGGGUGCGGGAGAGGGAUUCUGUUGAAUGCGGUGGCUACCCAGUUGAAGAAAACGGGUAGUUCGGGUCGGGUUGUUGGGUUGGAUCGGUGUAAAGGGACCACUUUGUCUACUCUCAGAACUGCUAACAUGGAAGGGGUUGGAGAGUACGUGACUUGCAGAGAAGGCGAUGUUAGAAGUUUACCAUUCGGAGAUAACUAUUUUGAUGUGGUGGUAUCAGCUGUGUUUUUCCACACAGUCGGAAAAGAGUACGGCCACCGCACAGUGGAGGCAUCAGCAGAAAGAACCCGAGUGCUGGGCGAGAUGGUUAGGGUUUUAAAACCCGGCGGCAUUGGAGUAGUGUGGGACAUAGUACAUGUGCCGGAAUACGUCCGGCGAUUACAAGAGCUGAAGAUGGAGGAUAUAAGGGUUUCGGAGCGCGUAACUGCUUUCAUGGUGAGCAGCCACAUUGUAUCAUUCCGGAAGCCAGAUCAGCAUUUUAUCGGUCUCAGCGAGGUUAGGCUGGAUUGGAGAUGCUAAUAAUGUGGUAAUAUAUGGUGAUAGUUUCUUGUUAAAAUUAGAGAAUGAAGAAGGUAAAUAUUAAUAUUUUUAAAUUAUGAUGAUGAGCAUAGUUUCAGGUAUCUGGGGAGACGAAGUCGAUCCAGAUGUGUUACUGGAAGCAUAUAUAUAUUACAGUAUGUUUGAUGUAGUUUAUGAAUUAUGGUUAUCAAUGCAAGUAUUGAUGAUGAUGGCAA